GGUCACAUUGAAGCUGAGUGUGCUUAGGAGAAGGGUAAUCAAUCGGUUCUUUGGACACAAUGUGGCAGUAUUGCUUACUGGUCCUGGUGGGCUCACUCAUGGUGGGGGCCCAGUUCCCCCGAGUGUGUGUGACCCCCGAGGGGCUCCGGAGCAGAGAGUGUUGCCCUUCUCCAUCAGGCACCGGCGAAGACCCUUGCGGCUCCAGAGAGGGCCGAGGUGAGUGCACGUCUGUAGUGGUGGACGCCCGGCCCCACGGCCCCCAGUACCCGCACGAUGGACAGGAUGACCGAGAACAAUGGCCGGCGAGGUUCUUCAGUCGGACGUGUCGGUGUAACGGCAACUUUGGCGGUUUUAACUGCGGCCGGUGCCGACAUGGAUGGACUGGAACCAAUUGUGACCAGAGGGUAUCUGUUGUGAGGAGAAACGUGAUGCAACUUAGCGCCCAGGAGAAAUUGGCUUUUGUGAAUGCCUUGGACCAAGCCAAGCGGACCGUGCAUCCCGACUUGGUGAUCGCCAUAAGGCGCUACACAGAGAUUUUCGGACCGGACAGUAACACAACGCAGUUCCAGAACAUCACCAUCUAUAACUACUUUGUUUGGAGCCAUUAUUACUCGGUCAGCAAGACCUUCCUGGGGGCUGGACAGCCCAGUUUUGGAGGGGUGGAUUUCUCCCAUGAAGGUCCUGGUUUCAUCACCUGGCAUCGGUACCAACUGAUCCAGUUGGAGCAGGACAUGCAGGACAUGCUGCAGGACCCCACAUUUGCCCUACCCUACUGGAACUUCGCCAUCGGCGGCAACACAUGUGACAUUUGCACAGACGAUCUUGUGGGUGCUCGGAGCAACUUCGACAAUAACUCACUCAGCACCAACUCCAUCUUCUCGCAGUGGAGAGUCAUCUGCGAGAGCGUGGAUGACUACGAUACGUUGGGAACCAUCUGCAACAGUACUGAGACGUCACUAAUAAGAAGGAACCCUGCCGGAAAUGUAGACAGACCCAUGGUCCAACGUCUACCCGAGCCUCAGGAUGUGGCUGACUGCCUGCAAGUGGACGUUUUUGACACACCGCCAUACUACUCCACAUCCUCUGAAAGCUUCAGAAACACAAUAGAAGGCUACAGCGCUCCUCAGGGGAACUACGACCCCGUGGUGAGGAGUCUCCACAACCUGGCUCAUCUCUUCCUAAACGGCACCGGGGGACAGACCCACCUUUCACCUAACGACCCCAUCUUUGUGUUGCUGCACACCUACACGGAUGCCAUAUUUGACGAGUGGUUGCGAAGGCAUAACCCAGGUGCGGCCAUGUAUCCAGACGAAAAUGCCCCUAUUGGUCACAACAGGGGAUACAAUAUGGUGCCUUUUUGGCCUCCAGUAAGCAAUGCUGAGAUGUUUGUAACUGCCCCUGAAAAUCUGGGUUACUCUUACGAAGCCGAAUGGCCAGGACAAGCUUUGACCCUGACCGAAAUAAUCACCAUGUGCGUCAUCGCCGCCCUCCUCGUUGUUGGCGCCAUCUUUGUGGCAACCACCUGUGCCGUGCGUUCCCGCGCGUCUAGGAUGGAGGCCCGCCAACCGCUUCUCACGGACCAGUACCAGCGCUACGACAACAGUGGCCAAUCUGUUGUCUAAUAUGUCUUAUUUGUUGUUUUAUCACUAAAUGUGCCUCUUCACUACUACACUACACUGAAUUUAGAAAUAUUUUAGUUAAAAGAUAAUUGCUUUUGCAUCUGGCUAAAACUAACAACUUCAGCAGAUGUCUGCAAAGGCUCAAAAACAAUAACCUGUAUAGCCAUUGAUAUUCAAGUAGUCAUGCUCUAGAUGCUUCACUUGAUUAGGGUCAGGGAUAAGCUGGAGCCUAUCUCAGCUGACUGGCAAGAGGCGGCGUACACCCAAGAAAGGUCACAAGCCUGUCACAGGGAACAUAUAGACAAACAACAAUUCACAUGACUACCAUGAAUUGAUUUACGUGGACCCCGACUUAAACAAGUUGAAAAACGUAUUCGGGUGUUACCAUUUAGUGGUCAAUUGUACGGAAUAUGUACUGUACUGUGCAAUCUACUUAUAAAAGCUUCAACCAGUCAAUCAAUCACACCGAUUGGACAAUUCAGUGUCUCCAAUUAUCUUAACAUGCACGAGCUCGAAUGUAGGAUGAAGCUGGAUACCUGGAUAAAACUCAGGUACGCAUAGGGAGAACAUGCAAACUUGCCAAAAUAAUGUCCAAACGCCCUUUAAUCACCUGAUUGUGCGACCAACAUGCUAAUUGACUAUUUGAGCAAAUAAAUGUGGUGCAUUCAAGUAAUACAUUUUAAAAAUGUUUUUCUAUGACAACCUGACAAUAAAACUGUUUGUCUAAUAAUAACCAUCAUAAUCAUCCAUCCAUCCAUCCAUUUUCUACCGCUUAUUCCCUUUGGGGUCGCGAGGGGCGCUGGAGCCUAUCUCAGCUACAAUCGGGCGGAAGGCGGGGUACACCCUGGACAAGUCGCCACCUCAUCGCAGGGCCAACACAGAUAGACAGACAACAUUCACACUCACAUUCACACACU